AUUUUCCUCGCUGGCUUUUUUUUGUCGCCUGGCUUCAAUGAUUAUGAUUUCUAUAGGCUGUACCUGACGCAUGCAAUGAUGCCAAUCACAAGGCAAAGCAGCCAAAGCCAAGUGAGAAUUAUUAACCAUCGAUGAUUUUUUGUGCUUUUCAUGUGAACCCUGACGCGUAGAAAAACAAAAACCAGAUAAAUAAACCAAAUUUCAUCUCCUAAGUCAUCUUCUGAGCCAAACUCAAUCCCGAAAAAAAGAAGAAGCCAUUUUUGAGUUUCUGGGCUCAAAGCAAAUCAUUAAAACAUGGCUGAGGAGAGCAGAGAGGCGCUGCUGAAGAAGGUUUACUAUGAGAACUGCCCUGGCUGUAAGGUUGAACAGCGUAAAGAGUUGCAAAGAGGGUUGCCCAUUAAAAUGCUUGUCGCUGUAUGGCUUGUUGUUCUUUCAGCUGCACUGCCGAUAUCGUCUCUCUUUCCAUUUCUUUACUUUAUGAUCAGGGAUUUGCAUAUUGCUAAAAGAGAGGAAGACAUUGGCUACUAUGCGGGUUAUGUAGGGGCUUCAUUUAUGAUUGGCAGAGUUUUGACAUCAAUUUUUUGGGGAGUGGUGGCUGAUCGCUACGGUCGCAAACCUGUCAUAAUAAUAGGGAUUGCUGCAGUGGUUAUUUUCAACACUCUAUUUGGACUCAGUGUAAAUUUUUGGAUGGCCAUUUCUACACGCUUUCUUCUUGGAUGUUUGAAUGGUUUACUUGGACCGAUAAAGGCAUACGCAAGUGAAGCCUUUCGAGAAGAACACCAAGCUUUAGGCAUGUCAACAGUUAGUGUGGCCUGGGGUAUCGGAUUGAUCAUUGGCCCAGCUUUGGGAGGCUUCUUGGCCCAGCCAGCGGACAAGUAUCCAAAUAUAUUUUCCCAAAACUCCAUAUUUGGGAGGUUUCCGUACUUCUUGCCUUGCCUAUGUAUAUCGCUUUUUGCAUUUGGAGUAUGCAUUGCUUCUUUCUGGCUUCCGGAAACUUUACACAAGCACAAUGGAAAUACUAGAUUGCAAGAUGAUUCUUAUGAAGCUCUAGAAACUGCAUCCUAUGGGUCUUUUGCAAAUGAAGGAAAACAAAAAACUGAAGAACAGAUACCUAAAGAAAACCUCUUCAAGAAUUGGCCCUUAAUGUCAUCAAUCAUUGUUUAUUGUGUUUACUCACUUCAUGACAUGGCUUAUACAGAGAUAUUUUCAUUAUGGGCCGUGAGUCCUCGAAAGCUUGGGGGUUUGAGCUUUUCAACUGAGAAUGUUGGUGAAAUUCUUGCAAUUUCAGGUUUUGGUCUUUUUGUGUUCCAAAUCACCCUAUACCCAUUUGUGGAAAGGCUUCUUGGUCCUGUAAUGAUUGCUCGCAUUGGAGGGAUUAUCACAAUACCUCUGCUGUCAAGUUACCCGUUUAUAGCAAUGUUAUCAGGGUUCUCCCUCUACCUGACGUUAAAUAUUGCAUCUGUGCUGAAGAAUAUCUUAUCUAUCACAAUUGUAACUGGAAUGUUCAUUCUCCAAAACAAAGCUGUGGACCAAAGACAAAGAGGUGCCGCGAAUGGCAUUUCUAUGACGGCAAUGUCUCUGUUCAAGGCAAUUGGUCCAGCUGCUGGUGGUGCACUGUUUUCUUGGGCGCAAACACGUCUGGAUGCUGCCAUCCUACCUGGUAGCCAGAUGAUUUUCUUCAUCUUGAAUGUGGUGGAGGCAAUCGCUGUUCUGAUGACAUUCAAGCCGUUUCUCACUCUACGUCAUGAAUAGAUAGAGAUGAAAAUGCAAUAUUAUAGCAUAUUCCAAAUACAUCUGUAGCAACUCUAUCCAUUUGUUAGGGAGAUAUUUUCCUAUUAUUUCCCGCUAUUCAAAGGAAAGAAAGAAAUAUGGGCAUUUAUGUUGUAGGGGAUUGAAUAAUCUUUUUUGGAAAAUAUUUAUAGCAUAUUACAAAUUAAAAUUCAGGGACAGUA